AGUUUAAAGUCUUAGAAACUUUAAUCUAAACGUAGGCCUUAUGUUUUGUAAGCAAAAUGUUUAUUUAUAUUUAUUUGGUUUUGUCAAAUGUGGUUUUCGUCCAUUCCUUAGUUGUAAGUGAUAUGACAGCAAGUUCUUUUGGAAAUAAGAAUGAGGGACUAAUUGCUGCAUUUGGAGAUUUUAAUUCAGAUGAAUUGACUGAUGCUUUCAUCAUAAAUGGUUCUAGUGUAGAAGUAUUUUUAGCUCACGACAAAGAACCGUUUCUUCGACCUUCAGUUUAUACAUGCAGCUUUAGCAAUUUGAAUAUUACAAGUAUUGUACCGGGAGACUAUGAUGGAGAUGCCUAUAUGGAUAUACUUUUAACAACUCAAAUUCAAAAUGUGAGUUCCAAUAUACAUGAAGUAAGAAUUUUAUGGGGUGGAAUGCCUAAUUUAAACUGUUCAGAUGCUCUACUAAUAAAAGCAAUAACAAUUGGCCAUCCAUUAGUAUUAGACUAUAACAGAGAUAUGAUUUUGGAUAUCUUUGGUAUUAAUGUUCAAAAUCAGAGAGUGUUUUGGGUAUUUGAUAACACAAGAUCUACCCCCCAAGAAAUAAUGAUGACUGAGUCAAGUUCAAAGAAAAUAAAAUUGCCACACUCUCAUUCGUUCUUAGAUGUUAAUGACGAUAAUGCUGCAGAUCUCUUAGUGACAACUGCAUUAGAUAUUGAAAUUUGGUUAAAUGAGGUACCUUAUGGAUUUCGUUAUAGUAACAGUAUUGAUUUAUUGAUUGGCCACCCUACUAUAUAUGGACAAGCUUUGUUUAUUGAUGUUGCACUUUCAGGAAAUUUCUUUUUAGUGAUACCAGUUUGCUAUGACCUGGAAUGUAUAAAUAGUACAAUAUUAAUCUAUGACAAUGAAGAAUGGAAUGAUUUGCACAUUGAUUUUAAUGAUGGAAAAGGAUCUUUGUGGAGAUUUGUGCCCCCAAGAGAUGAAAUUUACUUGGAUACAAUCACAAUGCGCAGUGGAGACUAUAACAUGGAUGGAUAUCCCGACAUUGUCAUGACCCUUAGCCCAGUUAAUGACAAAGACACUAGAGCCUUUCUUCUUCAUAAUGUGCCAUGUAAUUUCCCGGGAUGUAAAUUUCAUAGGACCUUUGAAGUUCAGUGGGAAAAAUUUACUUCCUUUGGUCAUAAUGUUGUUUUGGCUACAUUCUAUGAUUUUUAUAUGGAUGGUGUUCUAGAUGUUAUUUACAUACAGAAAAAUGUAACAAAUUCAACACAAAAGUAUAUAAUGAAGGCCUUCAGGAAUGAAUUAGAAUAUGACACAAAUUUCAUUAAAGUUAUUGUUGUAACUGGUUUAAGUAAUGAGAAAAUACCCACUAUUAAUGGAACUCUGUAUAACAGGAAAGUGACAUUUGGAACUAAUUUACCUGGUCCAAAAAUUGGUUAUAAUACCUGGUCACAAGAAGGCACUUACAGAACAGGAGUAUGUGCACAAUUACCACAGUCAGCAUACUUUGCUUUACAACUUCCAUAUUCAAUAUUUGGACUUGAUCGAACUCCAAAUUUUGUUGAUACACUAACUGUUGGUCUCUCAGGGCACUCUAAAAGCUGGACACAGAUUAUUCCAAAUUCUCAAAUUGUUUUAAUUCCUGCUCCACCAAAUGAUCCUUCACAAUGGAGAGCACAAUUGUUUGUCACACCAAGUAAAGUUAUUCUCAAAAGUGUGUUUGUUUUAACUGCCAUAAUUAUUAUCAUAACUGGCUGUGUACUUUACCUACAUUGGAAGGAAAGAAAUGACAGACAAGACAUCAUUGAAAUUGAUGAGAAGACUUAUGUUAAAAUAUAAUUUGUAUGUAAAUUUAUAGUGUAGGAAUUUUAAAAUUAUGUAAAAAUCAAUUGUUAUUCAAAUUAUAUUUAUUAUUUUAAAGAAUCUUGUUAUA